AUGAAGAACAACAUCACUCUACGAGCAGCCGAGGACCGCCUGUGCACAGCCGUCGGUUCCAAGAUCGUUGUCGGCGACCAAAUCGUCCACCUUGCCAAGUCUGCCGGCUACGACUCCAUCUUUAUCGAUCUCGAGCAGUCUAGCAUGUCCUGUGCCGAAGCCAGCCGCUUAAGCGCUACAGCGCUGCUGGUCGGCAUCACACCUGUCGUGCGAGUUCCGUAUCAAUGCGGAAACGGGCUCGUGCAGAGGCUCCUCGACGGCGGCGCCAUGGGCAUUGUGUUUCCGCAUGUCAGCAGCCCCGACGAGGCUGAAGCGGCGGUGCGCGCGUGCAAGUUCCCGCCGCGCGGAAAGCGGUCCUUUGCUGCGGCGCUGCCUCACUUUCACUACCAGAGGACGGACGCGGCGGAGGCGAUGCAAUGGCUCGACGAGGUGGCCUCGACUGUCAUCGUCAUGAUUGAAACGGCCGAGGCGCUGGCCAACGUUGACGGCAUCGCGGCCACGCCCGGCGUGGACAUGCUGUUUGUCGGCGCAACCGACCUGGCUAUUGAGCUCGGCGUCGUGGGCCAGUGGGAGCAUGUGAAAUUUCAGACGGCGCUGCAGGAUGUUUCCGCUGCUUGCAAGAGACAUGGAAAGAUCUUUGGGCUGGGUGGUUUGCAUUCACGUCCGGAUAUUUGUCAGGUUGUGGUGAAGUCGUUGGGGGCGCGGUUUAUUCUCGGGAACGUGGAUAUUGGACUGCUCUCCAUGGCAAUGGAGAUGAACGUACACCAGCUCAAGGAAUGGGAAACCGCCCUCUAG